GGUGAGCCUGGAGAAGCUGGUAACCCUGGGCCACCUGGAGAAGCUGGCUCAGGUGGUCCAAAAGGUGAAAGGGGUGAAAAAGGCGAAGCUGGGCCACCUGGAGCAGCAGGACCUCCUGGAAUUAAAGGACCUCCAGGUGAUGAUGGUCCAAAGGGAAAUCCAGGUCCUGUUGGGUUCCCCGGUGAUCCUGGACCACCUGGAGAACCUGGUCCAGCUGGAACUGAUGGUACAGGAGGGGAAAAAGGUGAAGAUGGUGAUCCAGGCCAACCUGGACCCCCAGGUCCUUCUGGUGAAGCAGGUCCCCCUGGCCCUCCUGGGAAGAGAGGGCCUCCUGGAGCAGCUGGUGCAGAAGGAAGACAAGGUGAAAAAGGAGCAAAGGGUGAGCCUGGAUCAGAGGGUGCUCCGGGAAAAACUGGCCCAGUUGGUCCUCAAGGUCCUGCAGGAAAACCUGGCCCAGAAGGACUUAGGGGUAUUCCUGGCCCUGUGGGAGAACAAGGUUUACCUGGAGCACCUGGUCAAGAUGGCCCACCAGGCCCCAUGGGUCCACCUGGUUUGCCUGGGCUGAAAGGAGAUCCAGGUUCCAAAGGUGAAAAGGGACAUCCUGGAUUGAUUGGAUUGAUUGGACCUCCAGGAGAACAAGGAGAAAAGGGUGACAGGGGUCUGCCUGGUCCACAGGGAACCACAGGACCAAAAGGAGAUUCAGGAAUUUCCGGACCAGCUGGCCCGCUUGGUCCUCCGGGCCCGCCUGGUUUACCUGGUCCUCAAGGCCCGAAAGGCUCUAAAGGUUCAACAGGUCCUGGUGGCCAGAAGGGUGAUAGUGGUUUACCUGGACCUCCUGGGCCUCCUGGGCCUCCAGGUGAGGUUAUUCAACCUUUGCCAAUCCAGUCAUCCAAAAAAUCCAAAAGAUCCAUAGAUGCCAAGCUAUCUGAUGCAGAAGAUUACACUGAUGGAAUGGAAGAGAUCUUUGGCUCUCUGAGUUCUCUGAAACAAGAUAUUGAACAUAUGAAAUACCCAAUGGGGACUCAGAACAACCCAGCUCGAACAUGCAAGGAUCUGCAGCUUUGUCACCCAGAUUUUCCAGAUGGAGAGUAUUGGAUUGAUCCUAACCAAGGAUGUUCCGGGGACUCUUUCAAAGUAUACUGUAACUUCACAGCUGGCGGGGAAACUUGCAUCUAUCCAGAUAAGAAAUCAGAGGGAUUUAGAAUUUCAUCGUGGCCAAAGGAAAAUCCAGGAACCUGGUUUAGUGAAUUUAAGAGAGGCAAAUUGCUUUCUUAUGUGGAUGCUGAAGGCAAUUCUAUCAACAUGGUCCAAAUGACAUUCCUUAAACUACUGAGUGCCUCUGCUCGACAAAACUUCACUUACAACUGUCAUCAGUCAGUAGCAUGGUAUGAUGUCUCUUCUGACAGCUAUGACAAAGCAUUGAGGUUCUUAGGGUCAAACGAUGAAGAAAUGUCUUAUGACAACAAUCCUUACAUCAAAGUGCUUCAUGAUGGCUGUGCAUCAAGAAAAGGCUACGCAAAGACUGUUAUUGAAAUCAGUACUCCCAAAAUUGGCCAAGUGCCUAUCUUUGAUGUGAUGAUUAAUGACUUUGGUGAUCAAAAUCAGAAGUUUGGAUUUGAAGUGGGUUCAGUCUGUUUCCUUGGUUAAGUUUAGAGCAAAGAGAAAAUCUACAAGAAGAAAAAUGUACUAGGUGUCACCAUACCAAUUCACUUGUGUCAUGUGCAAGUUUUAAGUAAGAAUGGAAUAGAUAACAUGUUUCACCAAAUAUGUAUGUCUUCUUUAGAAAAACCCACUGCCCUUUUUGGAGCAGAAUCACAUGACUUAAAUUUAUUUGGCAAAUGAUGAAUGAUCCUGUAUCAGAGACAGGCAAGUUCAUGUUACGAAUGUCCUCUACCAGCUUAUCCUUCUUCACCCACCUAUGUUCCCUUUUAUUUUUUGGUGCUGUAAAAUUGAAUGGUGCUCCCUUUUUACAACGUAAGAGGUGCUAAGAAGAUAUGUUUAAUAAAUUGUAAUUAUUCUGUGUACAGUACAGUGCUGUCCUGUGUCUGUUUCUAAAACUUGCAUGCA